CGCGCUGCUGGGAUAUCACAGUCCCUCUUGGUCCUCCUGACCUGUCCCCCGUGCAUCCAGCGCUCGCGGCUAGCCCAGUCUAGCUACUCUCCACCGCUCGCUCGCCGGCCCACUCCCCACUGCAGCCAUGGACGCCAUCAAGAAGAAGAUGCAGAUGCUGAAACUGGACAAGGAGAAUGCCAUCGACCGCGCGGAACAGGCCGAAGCCGACAAGAAGCAAGCUGAAGACCGAUGCAAGCAGCUGGAGGAAGAGCAGCAGGCCCUCCAGAAGAAGCUGAAGGGGACAGAGGAUGAGGUGGAAAAGUAUUCCGAGUCUGUGAAAGAUGCCCAGGAGAAACUGGAGCAGGCUGAGAAGAAGGCCACCGACGCUGAAGCAGAUGUGGCCUCUCUGAACCGCCGCAUUCAGCUCGUGGAGGAGGAGUUGGAUCGGGCACAGGAGCGCCUGGCUACAGCCUUGCAAAAGCUGGAGGAGGCUGAGAAAGCGGCUGACGAGAGCGAGAGAGGAAUGAAGGUCAUUGAAAACCGGGCCAUGAAGGAUGAAGAAAAGAUGGAGCUGCAGGAGAUGCAGCUGAAGGAAGCCAAGCACAUCGCUGAGGACUCAGACCGCAAAUAUGAGGAGGUGGCCAGGAAGCUGGUGAUCCUGGAAGGAGAGCUGGAGCGCUCUGAAGAGAGAGCCGAGGUGGCUGAGAGUAAAUGUGGGGACCUAGAGGAGGAGCUGAAAAUUGUUACCAACAACUUGAAAUCCCUGGAAGCCCAAGCGGACAAGUAUUCCACCAAAGAGGACAAAUACGAAGAAGAGAUCAAACUUCUGGAGGAGAAGCUGAAGGAGGCUGAGACCCGAGCAGAGUUUGCUGAAAGGUCUGUGGCAAAGUUGGAGAAAACCAUUGAUGACCUGGAAGAUGAAGUCUACGCACAGAAGAUGAAGUACAAGGCGAUCAGCGAGGAGCUGGACAACGCUCUCAACGACAUCACUUCCCUCUGAGUCCCCACUGUGGCUGUCGGGGCCUCUUUCUCUCCUCUUUCCAUUCUCUCUGAGGGGAGGGGGCAGCCAGGAAAAACACCAAUUGGCAACGUUACACAGCCAGCCUGAGGGCAGCCUGAGGAACACAUCUGCCACCACCCCCACCCCCCCGCCACCCACUCUGGCACUGGCUUUCUUCUGUCAUCUACCCACCAUCCUCUGACCUCCACUACUUAAUAAACUCUGAACUUGGUCUCUAUGCUGUUCUCCUCCAGAGAGCUCGUCCUCACUCUGAAAGCUCUGCUUCACUCCUGAGACCCUGACUUUUACUGCCGUGCUCAUUGUGUGCCGCACUCACAGCCCCUUGCACUCAGCCCUUCUCCCUCUGCACACUAUGCCUCCCACAGACCUUCCUGCAUGGCACUCCCAGCCUGUCACUUUCUGAUAAUCAAUGCAUGUGGCUAUAUGUAGGUCCAUGGAGCACACCUUCCUCCCUCCUCAGCAGCCCGUCACCAACCUUGCCUUGGCGUACUUAACUGGGAUUCCAGGAUCUGAGGGAAUGGCUGAAAGGGAAAUGGGGUGCUGGGGUCAAGGGAGGGGGCCAGAAGGUCAGGAGUGAAGGUCGUUAAAAGUAUUGGAUCUCUACAAGAGGGGCUUUCACAGCUGCUGCAGGUCUGUUUUCUGUCCCAGUUCUGUCUGUCUGACUUUCCCUUUCCUGGUUGAACCUUUGUCUUUCCUUUUGUUUCCAACUGUCCUAACCUUCUAAAGGAAGGCACCCCAUUUACAAUACAUGUCUCCCCAUCCCAUUGUCACUCCCCCAGCCAAGGGCUGGAACAAGAUUUUUGUCUGAACAGUCCACCCAUUUGCCCCUACCAUAGGCCCCAGGUCUCCUAACACGCCCCAGAUCUAACAUGCCCCAGGUCUCUUAACAUGCCCCAGGUCACAUAACACACCCCAGGUCCAUAAAGUGUCUCCUAACAUGUGUUUUGCUGUGUCGCCUUCCCCUCCCUGUCUCGAUUCCCUCCUGUUUACCCUCCCCCACCUCACCUGCUGCUUCCCCUCACAGAGACUUUGGCUAGUGCCAAGGAAGAGAACGUGGAGAUUCACCAGACCUUGGACCAGACCCUUCUGGAACUCAACAACCUGUAAGGGCUGGCUCUGCUGCCUACCAGACUGCAUAGUUGCCUACUCAGGCCAAUAAACUGAUGUUACUGGCA